ACGGACCCAGGGCGAACGUGUAACUAGGGCGAACGGACCCGAUACCCUGUUUCAUGUGCAAUGCAGUAAGGUGUUUACAUUGGCUGAACAGGCCAAAUCAAACUCACAACGUAUACCCCUUGUUCAAGUGACGAAAGAAAUAGAAAAGUCGCAAAAGCGUUUAAAGGAUAUGGUGGACAGAGGAAAAGAUAACAUUAAAUCACUUAAAGCUUCUUACGAACAAAUUUGUGAAGAAAUACGUGAUGAACGUCGACAGAUCAACGAGAAUCUUGACCGACUUCAGCAAAACACCAUAAGAGAAUUGGAAUCAAUUCACGAGCGCUUAAAUAAUUCCAUUGAAGAUGACACCAAGCGAUGCUUAGAAUGUAUUUCAAAGUUAAAGAUAUAUGGCGCUAAGCUCAAAGACAAUAUUCUACCUGAACGAACGUUUAUUACGUUAAGAAAAUGUAUUGAUCAAACUGCUGCAGCAGAUUUACUCCUAAAACGCAUGAUCAAGAAUGAUGGAACUGAUAUUAAAUUCCAGCCUAACCGUGAAUUGAUUCAAUGUCAUGCAGACUGCACUGAUCUUGGGAAAAUCAUCAUAGGCGAUCCACAACAUAACGUUGAUCCAAACAAGAUUGUCAGCAUCGAGGACAAGUCAGAAUAUAAUGUUCAAACAGCUACUGAUAAAUCCUUAUGUGCGAUUACGGGUAUAUGUACGACUUCCAACGGGGAUCUCGUCAUUGCUGACUCGAACAAUAAUUGUGUGAAACUCCUUAAUCAGGCGUACAAGGUGAUUGAUCAAGUUCAGCUUCCUACUUAUCCGUGGUCCAUGUGUAGCAUUUCCUCCUUCGAAAUGGCGGUGACUGUUAGCAAGUAUAAAGCCGAUGCUCUUAACGGGAUUCAUUUAUUACGGGUAGAUGGCGGAAAGAUUAUACGAAAACAGGUUCUAAAAAUGAAUCAUGUCUGUUAUGGAAUUGCGCAUGUCGAUGCAGAAGUGUUUGUGACUUCCGGUACUGCGUUGUACGAAUACACAAUGGACGGACGGUUAGUUAAGAAGUUAUACGAAGAUAGUACUGGACAAUUCCGAGUUGUAGGUGUUGGGGUGAGUCCUGAUGGGAAGAGGAUCUAUGUAACAGACGUAAUAAAUGGCAUUCUACGCACGCUGACCAGGGAUGGAACAGUUACAGCUACGUUCCAGGAUCACGCAUUUAAACAUGGCUUUAAUAUAGCUUACAUACAUGUGGCAGGCAAAGGGCAGGUUUUCGUCUUUGGCGACAACUCCAUAAGUCAAGUGGAUACAGUCGGAAAGACAAUCCUCAAUACCAUCUCUGUUGACAUUGCAAAACCUGCAUCUGUCUACUUUAAUGAAGAAACAAAAAAACUAAUAGUUGGAUUUUGGAGCCACAACAACAUCAAUGAGUUCAAAACAAAAACAGUUCCAACUUUUUAA